AUGCUCGCCACCUGCAUGCUCCUCUUCCUCUGGGCCGCCGUCGUCCUCGCGCGCAUCGGCGCGCCGCCGGCGCGCAUCGCGGUCCGGUUCCUCGACAUGAUCACCGUCGCAGUGCCGCCCGCGCUGCCGGCGUGCCUCACGAUCGCGACGGUGUUCUCCAUCGGCCGCCUGCGCAAGCGGGGCGUGUUUGUGACGGGGCCGCACACGAUCACGGUGGCGGGGCAGCUGGACGUCAUCUGCUUCGACAAGACGGGGACGCUGACGGAGCAGGGGCUGGAGCUGCAGGGCAUCGUGCCGGGCCUGGAGCUGCAGGGCGUCGCGCCGGUGGGGGACGCGGGGGGGAGCUGUGCGUACUAG